CAACUGAUAAGUCGUCGUUACUUCAUGCCUGUUGAAUAUUGGUCUUGCAUAACUUUUCUAUAAUAAUUAUAUUGUUAUUUUACUUGUGUUAUUUGAAAUUUGUUUUUAUUAAAUUCAUCUCGAAACAUGUUGACUGGCGUAAAACAUGUUGUAUUAGUGAUGUCUGGUAAAGGCGGAGUUGGGAAGUCUACCAUAAGCACCCAAUUAGCCCUAGGAUUAGUCGCCAAAGGACUUCGAGUCGGUAUUUUAGACGUAGAUUUAUGUGGACCUUCAAUACCAUAUUUAUUAAAAUUAGAAAAUCAAGAGGUACAUCAAUGUGAAGCUGGAUGGGUGCCCGUGUAUACGGAUGAUUCUAAAAAUUUAGGCGUACUGUCUAUUGGAUUUCUUACAAAAUCCAGAAAUGACAGUAUCGUUUGGCGAGGACCAAAAAAAACUGCGUUCAUAAAACAAUUAUUAUCAGAUGUUUUUUGGGAAGACGUCGAUUAUCUGAUUAUUGAUACGCCACCAGGAACGUCGGACGAACACAUCACUGUCAUGGAAAAUUUGAAAGAAGUGCCGUGCGACGGAGCAAUCUUAGUAACAACUCCUCAACAAAUGUCUUUAAACGAUGUCCGGAAAGAAUUAACGUUUUGCAAAAAAACCGGCAUUCCGAUCAUUGGAGUGAUAGAGAAUAUGAGUGGUUAUGUGUGUCCUAACUGUUCAGAGUGUACAAAUUUGUUUUCAUCAAACGGCGGAAAAUCAUUGGCCGAAUAUUAUCAAGUGCCAUUUUUAGGAACCGUGCCGAUAGAUCCUAGAGUGUCUGCAGAAACAUCAAAAUAUGUUGGCUCGAUAUAUCCAGAAUCACCGGUGUCAAUAUCGUUCGAUUCAAUUGUUAGCCGUGUAAUGAAUCCUAAUUGAUCGACCUAAAAACAUUUACUCACAUAAUAUUAUAUUGUUAUCGUUUUAUUAUUAUUAUUUAAUUUAACUUUUUAAUAAUACAACUAUUUACAUAAGGUAUUGUUUUUUGUUACUCUUCUAAAGACUUCUUUUUCUCCGACUCUUUUUGAUAUUCUCUCGAAUCUUCAAUUAGUUCGGUCAACGGUUCUACGUUUCCUAGGGGUGACUUGCUCAUAAACAAUAUUGGAAGUUUGGCAAGUUUUGGAUUACCAUCCUUUUCCAAGAACCGUAUC